AGGAUAAAGAGCUCCACUAUUGGUCUCUCAGUCUCUCGCCAGUUGCAGAAUGGAGACAACAGUCAUAACCUCAGCUCUGCUUCUAGUUCUUCUCUUCAGCCUCUGCAGGACCUGUCAGAGUCAGAGGGAAGAGGAGGACCUGCACACAGAGGCGGUGACCCCUUCUCCCGCAUCCUGCUUCUGUGAGCUGAAGAACCUGGGCCAAGCCUUCCCCUGGCAGACACUGGAGGACAUGCAGAGUGCCUCCAGCAACUGUACUCACGCCAUCACCAAAGAACAGCUGACCGAAGUGGAGACCCUGCUGGACAGCCUGCACUACCGGCUGCUGGACCUGGAGAAGGACGUGAAGGACCUGGAGGAGGCGAACGAUGAGGGGAUGUACGGCAUCAUCUCCCUGAGGAUCAUUGAGAUCGAGCUGAACGAGAUCAGUGACCUCCUCGCCAGGCUCAACAGCACCACCCGGAACCAUCAGGCCCUCACUGCCAGAGUGGCUCCACAGCUGGAGAUCCUGAUGACUGAGAUGGAGAAGCUGGUUGACUUUGAUAGGAUGCAGGUCGUGAAGAAGGAGCAGGAGAACAAAAGGGUGAAGAGAGAUCUGGCAUCUUGCAAGACAGAGCUGCAGGCAACACCUGCUCCACACAGCACCUCUGCACCAGGAAACUGUCCUUUUGGCCAACUUCGGAACGUAAGUGGUCCCAGCAGCUAUAUUGUCACCCAAUAUGGCACCUCCUAUACUUAUGGCGCCUGGGGAAAAGACCCCAAACCAGCCCCUGGCAAGGAAGACUGGUACUGGCUGGUGGUGCUGACCAGCAGUAAUGCCUACGGCAACUACAUUCGCACUUACAGCAGCCACCUCACCCUGAUAGCCGCGCAGAGUGUUAGCGAUGUCACAGUCACAUCUUCCAAUCCCACGACCAACUCCAUGAUGGGCCCCGGAUCUGUCAUGUAUGACAACGCCUUUUACUACAACUGCUACAAUUCACCUAGUGUGUGUCGCUUUGACAUGACAACCAAAGCCAUCACCUCCAUGAGCCUCCCAGGGGCAGGCUAUAACAACAAGUUUCCCUACUGCCAUCUCACCUCCUGCUACAGCUUCACAGAUAUUGACCUGUCUACUGAUGAGUCGGGGCUCUGGGUGGUCUAUGCCUCGGAGGCCAAUUUUGGCAAUGUCGUCCUUAGCCGACUUAAUGCCAGCAGCAAUCCUGUCGCUCUCCAAACGUGGCACACCUCUCUGUUCAAGAAAGCCAUCUCAAACACCUUUGUCACCUGUGGGGUGCUGUAUGCCACUCGCUACGUUGACAAGGAAUACGAAGAGAUCUUUUAUGCCUUUGACACCAUCACAGGCAUCGAGCGAGGCAACCUCAGCAUUCGCUUCAAGAAAGUGUCACCCAUUAUCCAGCACCUCAACUACAACCCAAGGGAUCAGCUCCUCUAUGUCUAUAAUGAUGCCUACAUCAUCACGUACCAGGUGGUGUUUGGGUAGUCUGAUCUUGAAGCAGCCUGUUUCAGCCUGCAAGCCCAGCUCAAGCACAGACUGAUCACGAAUAGAACAACAUUUACAAGGAAUCCUCUACAAACAGAAACACCAAUGGAAAUGUAUGUGCAAGAAGAGACUCCAAUUGUUCUAUUUUACUCAUUUGCUUGCUUGUUUUUUGCAUUUUAAUUAUUUUUUUCAUAAAUGUUAAACAAAAAAAGAGUGGGGGAUAGAUCAGAUGAUUCUGUUUAUCAAAAAGUAGAGAAUACCCCAUAAUAAUGAGCUAUCUCCAGUGGCUAUUAUAGUCCCAAUAACUUACCACAUCCAUUCUUACUUACAGCAGAUGGUGACACAGCACUGUCUGAGAUAUUAGUCAUGGUUUAGUCCUUACUUGCACUUCCUAACUGGCUGCAUGUUAGUCCAUCUGAGCUGACACAUUUGAUAGGUCUGUUGUUAAUGUUGAAAGUACACAAGAGGCAUGUUCACCAAGAAUGAUGCAUUUUAUGAGAUCACUUACAGUACAUAGCCCUUUUUUCCCAUAACAUAGCACAUUCUACUUAGAGUCUGAUUUAAUAGAGAAGUGUAUAAUAUAGAGUAUAAAACCUGGAUCACUAUAACCCUGUAUUGGACUAAGCAGUUAGAUGUAUAUAUGGCAGUAUAUUAACAUUAAAUAAUAUAUAACAAAAUAUAUGUGAAAGCACUUUUAGUGAAACAUCAGGUUAAAAAUAAUUAAAGUAACAAUUGAAAGUAAAUAUGUGGUUUGAGAAUAAGACCAAUAAAAAUGCAGUAUUGAACUGGAAUACAUUAUUUUAUUGUACCUAAAAUCUUUUUUGUAGAAAUCUUUACUUAUGAAAUGCAUACGGACUUUUAGCAUUCCAAACGCAUUACUUAAUCACUGCACCAUUUUGUAAUGAAUAAAAUUAUUUUUAAAAAAUGAUGAAAUUGCUUCUGACAAGCGAAUGGAACUAUUUGCCAAUCAGUCAUUGUGACAUGUGAAUGAAGAAGAAUUAAUGUAUGCCAAGCCAGGGUUGCACACUGGGCUGAGACUCUGACCGGUGGGGCUGUCUCUGCUGUCUACAGCAGGGCCUCUGUGGCUUUGGGGAAAAUUGGCCCUGACAUACAGUAAGUGUGUUGGUUUGUGUCUUUGUGGCGCCCAGUGAUGGACUGGUGUCCCGUUCAGGGUGUACAGUAUCUUGCCUCGCACCCUUUCCCUGUCGGACAGUCUCCUGCUCCCCUGUGACACUGUAUUGAAUAAACAUGGUUAGAAAACAGAUGAAUGAAAAAUA